AUGUCCAUCAACGGCCACCACAUCUUCGAGGAUCUCACUAGCAACGAAAUGUCGUCAAGCUCUUGGCAGAGCACUUCCAGUGUUCCUCGACACCUCUCGCGCGCUUCAGCCGGACACAAAUUUCAAGGGUUGACUGCAUCGGUCGCAAGCAUGUGGGACGAUAUGGACGCUUGGCACAAUCCCUUCGACCCAGCAAGUCGCUCCUCUAGUAUCUCGUCAGUCGCAAGCAAAUCGCACCCACUCCAGCGCCUCCUCUUCGAAGAGAAGCACAUUCUGAACAACGCCAAUGCCGCGCGGCCUUCAGCGCAUGAAGUCUAUCAUCGUCGCACCCGCAGCAACUCUGUCUCAAUGGCACGGCCGCGACCGGAUACUCUGGUGAGUGGCACACAGAUGUCUGGCGCAUGGUGCAUGCCAGGCAAUAGCCAAGCGACACGCCCGGGAUACAAGGGUCGAGCCAUGUCGACAUCAGUCUUGGGUUCCUCACCACGUGGCAGUCAAGUACCACAUCAUGCCCUCGCGAGAGUGAAGGAUGAGCAGCAGGAGUGGGCUGUUGGUGGCGAUUCUGAUUGA